UAAAUCUCACAAGGGCUGCAGACAGACACUUUGAUCCUUCCUUCUUCUUCAUUCCCUCCAGAUCCCAGAAAAAAAGCCCAGACACUCAAUUAACCAAGAUGCUCGCCAGCAAGACCAUCGAGAGUGCACUUUCUCUCCUCAAACAGAAUCCAUCCAAAGCCCUAGGUCUGAGUCUGGGCGCCCACCGCAACAUCCAACCAGGCCAAUACAUCCCACGAGCAGACGCCCGCUCGGCCCCGGACCUCACCUUCCCCGUUCCUGACCCCGACCGCACGUACAUGGUGGUUAACCUAGACCUCGAUGCCCCCUUCCCGGCGUUCAGCUUCCUAGGCCCGAUCCUGCACUGGCUCCAACCCGGUCUCCGUCCCGUUCCUACCACGACGUCGUCCACGGACCAGAAUACUUACGGUUUUGAGGUCACCGCCCCCUUCGUGGCGGAUUAUAUCGGGCCCGGUCCCCCGCCCGGUAGCGCGCCGCAUCGCUACGUCUUCUUCCUGUAUGAGCAGCCGACCGGGUUCGAUGUCGACAGGUACGCGUCCUCGGAGGGGAAGACGGUUGGUCGCUGGCCUCGGUUGCGGUACGACUGGGAUCAGUGGGUGCAGGAGGUGCAGUUGGGGGAGGUGGUGGCAGUCAAUUAUUUCACGAGUAAUUGAUAUUUGCGCUGAGGUGCUUGGUGGGGGAGGUGCUGAGUCAAAGUCUUAGGCAGGCCCAAGCUGAGUGUGGGCGUUAGAGCCGGUUCCGGGAGUGAUCACCUGCCAACCUGGUAUGUAAGUUGGUGGGAGACUGCGGGUCCGGGUGCCGGUUCCGGGACAGAAAGCCGGCCCCGGGGGUAUGCCGAUACGAUAAGCCAUUGGCGAUGGGACAGCGUCAUGACUCGGCCACGAAUCAUCAUCUUUCCUAUAAGAUCACUAAAGCUCAUAGACACUACUAUGCCUUCCUUUGGGAUACACUAGCCGACACCAGUCAUCCUAAGUCGGAUACAUUCAGAAAGUUAUGUGCUGGAACAUAUGUCCGUCCAUACGGGGGGGCACG